AUGGACACGCAGGACCACGACAACGAGAGGUCCCUUCAGCUGCCCCACGUACCAAGCCUCGAGAAGCUGCCUCCAGGAUCACCGGAGGCAAUACACAUCAAUCCGGGUCCGCUGAAGCCGCCUUCCACGCCAAGCCCGAAGGCAAGCCCCAAGGGUGGUGCCAAGGCAAAGCGGGUGGAGGAUGAAGAGGAGACGGAAGAGAAUGCAACGUUCCUGCUCCUGCUGGAUGUGGUUCCGGCCUUCGUCAUCUUUCUUAGCGCUAUUGUUGCUGGGCUCAGCGCUGACAUCGAGCCGGACCAUGAGGUGUGGAGAAUUCUGGAGAUAGUCUUCACGACCUUCUUCAUCGGCGAGAUCGUGGUCAAGGUCCGAUAUUUUGGAUGGCGAGUGUUCUUGUGCGGCCCUGACUGGUAUUGGAGCUGGUUCGACAUCGCGUGCGUGGUUCUCGCUAUAGUCGACAUGUCGCUUACCUACAUCAGCAUCGCUGCCGGCAACGGGAACGCUAACACAGGCCCCAUCAGCUCUCUAAAGAGUCUGAAGCUGGCUCGAUUGGGUCGGAUUAUUCGGCUGCUGAAGUUCAAGAUCUUUCAAGAGCUGAAGCUCAUGAUCCAGGGUGUCUUCACUGGCCUCAGGGUGUUGUUUUGGGCGGUGGUGCUUUUGAUUAUAAGCAUGUACCUGCUGGGCGUCAUCACCAAAACGAUAUUUGCCGACUUUCAUGAAGAGUUUUCGACGGUUCCGGCGGCCAUGUUCACUUGGUUCCGCUGCUUUACUGAUGGAUGCUCCGCGUAUGAUGGCACGCCCCUGCAGGAAAAGGUCCGAAAGGAGUUUGGAGGCAUAUUCAUGCUGGCUUACAUCCUGCUGUUCCUUUUUGUUACGAUUGGGAUUUUCAAUUUGAUUAUGGCUGUGUUCAUCGACAAUGUGGCAGAUGGAAGCACUAAGAAGCGGCAGCGUCAGCUUGGCCAAAAUGCUGCGAAGACAGAGUGGAUGAUAGCCUCUGUUCUCAGGCGCAUAAUCCUCACGAAAAUCUUGCGGAAAGAUUUGGAAGAGCAGAUGGCCGAGGGUCAUGGGGACAUGCACGAGUCCGAGGGUCGUCGAGUCUCAAAAUUGCUGGACCAGCAGAUCCUCUCAUUGCAAGAGAUGUACGGCUUCAAGCCGCAUACUGGACAGGAAUAUGAGCAGCUCACGGAUCAAAUUCGCGAACAAAUGGCAGAGCGCAACGUCGUGGUGACGAAAGACGAGUUCAAUCAUUGGUUGUCCACAGAUAAGGAGCUCAUCUCUCGCUUGGACGAAUCCGAGAUUGACCUCUCCUGCAAAUCCGACCUGUUUGAUGUCCUCGAUGCGGAUCUGAGUGGGGAGCUGGAGUUCGAAGAGAUGAUUGACGGACUGUUGAAGUGCCGCGGUCCCGCCUCCAAGACCGACAUCAUCGCUGUGAGGCUUAAGACUGCAUUCAUUGUGCGAAUGCUCCUCAAAGUUUGUGAAAAGCUUGGCAUCGAAGACCCAUGA